UUUUCCUUUCUGUGUUUCUCUAGUGCAGUGCCUGGAGAUGACCACCAAACGGAAGAUCAUCGGCCGUCUGGUGCCGUGCCGAUGUUUCCGAGGUGAAGAAGAAAUCAUCUCAGUUUUAGAUUACUCCCACUGCAGUCUUCAGCAGGUGCCAAAGGAGGUCUUUAACUUUGAACGGACAUUGGAGGAGCUUUAUCUAGAUGCCAAUCAAAUUGAAGAGCUACCCAAGCAAUUGUUCAACUGUCAAGCUCUACGAAAACUAAGUAUUCCUGAUAAUGAUCUUUCAAGUCUGCCAACCACCAUUGCUAGUUUAGUUAAUCUUAAAGAACUCGACAUCAGUAAAAAUGGUGUACAAGAAUUUCCAGAAAACAUAAAGUGCUGUAAGUGUUUAACAAUAAUUGAAGCCAGUGUCAAUCCCAUUUCUAAACUCCCUGAUGGCUUCACGCAGCUUCUAAACCUGACCCAGCUCUACCUGAAUGACGCCUUUCUGGAAUUUCUUCCAGCUAAUUUUGGAAGACUUGUCAAAUUGCGGAUCUUGGAGUUAAGAGAAAAUCACUUGAAAACUCUACCAAAGUCAAUGCACAAACUGGCCCAGUUGGAAAGACUUGACCUAGGCAAUAAUGAAUUCAGUGAGCUGCCUGAAGUUCUGGAUCAAAUACAAAAUUUAAGGGAGUUGUGGAUGGAUAACAAUGCGUUGCAAGUGCUACCUGGGGUAUGUAAGUUUUAUUACGCCAUGUUGUUUAACAUUUAUGGUAAAUAUUGUGCUAAAUAUUGAUCUCAGUUAACAAUACUUAAUCUUAAAUCUCAGUGUUUGAAGUUUAAAAUAAAAUGACACUUGUUAGGAGUGUUCAGUCUCCAAG